AUCCUCGCGGGCUACUUGAACUGAGAGAAAGCAGUAUCUCUGUGUGAAUGGACCACGGCUAGCAGCUGCCCUUAUUUGCAGGUUGGUGGUUAUUGCGAGACUUGUACGAGUAUGGCGACUUGAAAUCACAUUUUUAACCCACAUUGUAGAUAUUGAUCCGCCGGCUGUGGGUGUUUAGUUUGUAUCACUGCACUUCUAGGUGCCGUUGCCAUCUCAACAGCUUAGAUUUGAUUGUGAACGUUUCCAAAACCUUCCUCAGCAAGGUAGCAGCUAUUGCUAGUCUCCAUUUAACCUUAAGUGAUCUCUUGCAAGUCGUUUAGACUUAUAUAUAUUUUUUUUUUUUUUAAACAAGCAAAAAGCACACAACAAGUGCAGCAAAGUAGUUAGAAAGACAGGGGGAAUAUGUCAGGAACUAACCGAGGACAGGGAAGCGCGGCUAGCGAGCAUCACAACCAAGAAAAUAUGCUGUCAAGAUUGAGGGGCUCCUUGAAAGCCCGAACUGCUGCAAACGAAAAUCAAGAAAACCUUCCACCGAAACAAGCGGCCACCAGAACAGUCCUGGGAGCCCUGCAGAACAACCAGAGGAGCAAAACCCAGAAUCAGCGCGGCACUAAGCAGGAAUCAUCACAGUCCUUGUCUUGUAAAAAUGAAGAUUUUACCAAAAGCUGCUUUGAGAAGCCCUCUGCCAAGCAGCCCUCUUUCCAGAUCCAUGUGGAUGAGCCUGAUGGUGCAUGUGCCAAGAAACCACAGCAGGUGGUUGAAGCUGUCAAAGCAAAGCCCAUCGCUGAAGACUCUCCACUGACCGUCAACAAUGCUGUGGCACGGCUUAGGCAACCCCUCGCCACCAUUGACAUUCCAUCAGCGAUGGAUGUCAGCUUUGACUCUCCCAUGGACAUGUCUGUGGUUGAGGGGGAGGAGAAACCUGUCAAUGUAAACGAGGUCCCAGAAUAUGCUGCUGAAAUCCACACGUACCUGAGGGAAAUGGAGGUAAAAACCAGGCCUAAAGCAGGCUACAUGAAAAAGCAACCAGACAUCACCAACAGUAUGAGGGCCAUCCUGGUGGACUGGCUGGUUGAGGUUGGCGAAGAGUACAAGCUGCAGAACGAGACACUUUAUCUGGCCGUAAACUACAUUGAUCGGUUCCUCUCUUCAAUGUCCGUCCUGAGGGGGAAGCUUCAGCUCGUCGGGACUGCUGCUAUGCUGCUGGCUUCGAAAUUUGAAGAAAUCUACCCCCCUGAGGUGGCAGAGUUCGUUUACAUCACAGAUGACACCUACACCAAGAAGCAAGUGUUAAGAAUGGAGCAUUUGGUGCUUAAAGUGCUCUCCUUUGAUCUGGCAGCACCAACCAUCAGCCAGUUUCUCACCCAGUACUUCCUCCAUCAGUCUGUGAACAAACAGGUUGAGAGUUUGGCAAUGUACCUUGGGGAGCUCAGUCUGAUUGAUUCAGAUCCCUUCUUGAAGUACCUGCCAUCACAGACGGCUGCUGCAGCCUACAUCCUGGCCAACAACACAGUGACUGGUGGCUCAUGGCCCAAGUCCUUGACAGAGAUGUCUGGCUACUCCCUGGAGGAUCUGAUGCCAUGUGUUGAGGAUCUGCACCGAAUAUACCUCAAUGCUGCUCAGCAUGCGCAGCAGUCUGUCCAGGAAAAGUACAAGGGCCCCAAGUACCAUAAUGUUUCCUGCAUCGAUGUGCCAACCAAGUUGCUGUUGAACUGACCCCUUCCCUUGUCCAUGUAGUUGCAACCCCAGUUUUUUUAAAACAUUUUUUAAAUGAUGUGCCAGUUUCAAAUAACAUGGCCUGCUCUUCUUGGAGUAGUGCUAAAUGUUUAGAGUUUUUUUUAAAAAUGGUAUUUUUAUAUACUCGAUCCUGACAUUCAAGCCAGAUGCUACAGUUGUGUUGGUUAAUCAAGCAGUUUUAAUGUUGACUUUUAAUCAGACAAAAUGUAGAGGUCUUUAUUGCCAUGCUGUAACACGAUGCUUUGAUCUGCAGUGUCACCUACUCAUCAGACCUGUAAAUGUAUUCAAACUCAAUCUUUUUUUUUUUAAUAUUUUUUUUCACUCGUGUUGAGUUUGUUCUAAGCAGUUAAUUGUUGCUUGUUGCACCUCGAGGUGUAACUGUCAAAUAUUUGGCCUCCUGAGAUGCAGAUUAAACACCAUUUGUCUGUCAUGGA